UGAAACUAUCCAUCUGUUGUGUUUUCGAACAACGCUUCCAUAGCUUCUAUCCAGGCCAUGACUCCAUAGUAUGCCCCACAUCGCCCACCUCCCCCGGUACACCUCCACCACUCUCCGCUCCUCCGUCAUCCUUCCCUCCCUCCCCCAGAUCCUAUCCGAGCUUCUCCAAAACUCGCUCGAUGCUGGUGCAACAAAGAUAGACUGCUAUGUAGAUCUGACAAAAGGAGCUGAAAGCCUGAGAGUAGAGGACGAUGGGGCGGGCAUAGACAGAGAAGGGUUGGAAAAGGUCGGGAAAAGAUUUCGCACUAGCAAACCGACCAAUGAAGGUGGCCUUGGUCCCGAGGCGUCUUAUGGGUAUAGAGGAGAAGCGUUGGCAUCUAUUGCAUCCCUAUCUUUACUGGACAUUACCACCAAGACGCGCUGCUCUCAGGUUUACACCAAGAUACUCAAGCACUCCAAAGACCUAUUCUUCGGGCCCAAUGCCUCUCGCCACAUACCCGGCUCUCACGGCACCCACAUCGUCGUCCGUGACAUUUUCCACUCCAUCCCAGUGAGAAGACAGGAGUUGGCGCAGAGCAGUCAGAGUACAAUCAUGGGCCAGAUCAGAAAGGCAGUCGAAGGCUUGAUUUUGGGUUCGAAGGGAGUACGUUGGGCAGUCUGGGAAGAGAGGGGAGGUGGGGCUGGAGGUCUGAGGAAGGUGAUCUCGAUUGGCGAGACUGAGAGCUCGUUGGAUCUGUUCAAGACCCUUUACGGGAGUGCUCUUGUACAACGAGUCCAAAAUAUACGUGUCACAUCCGGCAAGAGAAGGAUAAACGGGUUCAUCAGCAUAUCGGGCGAUGUAUCCAAAUCUCAUCAGCACCUAUAUAUAAACAACUAUCCCAUAGACAGAGGAGAAUUACAUCUCGCAAUCGCGAAAAGGUUUGCGAACAGCAGAUUCUCUACUGUGGCAUCGGCUGGAGGGGCCGAUGAAGAGGACGAUUACGUUGCUUCUGGUCGUAGAUCCCCCCGUCGUUUGGAGCGGCACCCUGUAUAUGUGCUCAGCGUUUUGUUACCUUCAGCGGAGAUUGACGUCUCCUACGAGCCACAGAAAGGCGUCAUGGGUUACGAAAACAUGCCCGGCCUCAAGAACAUGCUCAUCGCUGUGGUUGACGAGUUCUUGCGACGGAACGGGUAUAGCUCCGGGCGCAUGGCCUCUUCAACCCCAAGUCCUACCAAGAAGCCGACUUCCCCGCUGUCCAAAGUGUUUCCGAGACCAGAGACCUCUUACGCCAAACCCUCCCCACUGUCCAUCUCUUCACUGAGGGCUACCGUGGCCCCUACUCCUUCCGCCGCUGGUGUACCAAUACCCAGGCCGCCUUCCACCAGCUCGCAGCUCCUCGGGCUCAAGAGACAUGCGUCCCCCGUCUCCUUCUCCACCUUUUCAACUCCCAAGAAACCAAGAUUGGGUGGCAUCACCCAUACUGCGUCUCCCAGGAUUAACGAAAUAGGGAGCAGAAAGUCAAAGUGGAUUGAAGAGCUCUUGGCUGGCGUUGAAACUGGCGUCUUGCCCAUCACCCGUCCAAAAUCCGCUCUCCGGGUCGCAAACCCAAUAUGUACUACUCACGAGCUCCACGAGGACACAUGCUGUAGUCACUCGGCACCCGAUAUCCCUCUCAACCUUGCGCCCACUACCCAAACCACAUUACAGGUCCAAUUCGCCAAGUCCUGCCUUUCCUCCGCCAUCAUACUCUCCCAGGUUGACCGCAAAUACAUCGCUGCCGUCCUCACCACAAUGGAAGGCGCUAAGGCUCUGGCUCUCAUCGAUCAACAUGCCGCUGAUGAGAGGGUGUCUGUUGAGGGUAUUCUCUGGGAGCUGUGUGAGGGGUUCCGCAAGGGUGAUAUUGCCGCGGAGAGAUUGAAAGACGGGAGUGAGGUGGGAGUGGUUCUUACCAAAGGUGAAGGGGAGGUUCUGAGGCGGGAUGGAGUGAUCGAGGUCUUCAAGAGAUGGGGUAUGGAUCUCGCCCUGGAUCAUCUUUGGAUCGACGGAGAUUAUACCCAAAUCAUGGUCCGCUCCGUGCCAGCAAGCCUCGCCAGUCGGCUCAAACGAAAAGAGGCCGUUGAAGUGACGCGGCUUAUCAGAGGUUAUCUGCCUGUCUUGCAAGAAAGUCUGGGCCAGAUUCAGGUGCUUGUCAGAGAUCUCGAGAAAAAGUUCAUCGAUCAAGAUGAUGAAGGGGAAGGAUAUGGGGGGACUUGGGGGAGGAUCAUGAGAUUCAUGCCAAAGGAGAUGCUGGAGCUGGCAAAUUCAAAAGCAUGCCGAGGAGCGAUCAUGUUUGAAGACCGCUUGACGCAAGACCAAUGCUCCCGUCUAGUACAUCAGCUCGCCCAGGCCAGGUUCCCAUUCAUGUGUGCGCAUGGAAGGCCAGCAAUGGUACCACUCGUGGUACUGACGGAGCUGGAAGAGGCGCCGCAGGACAAAGGGAGAAAACGCGCGGGAAAGGCGAUUAACUGGGGAAACGUUGGGCAGAGGAUGAAGGAAGCGCAGGAGGAAGAAGAAGAAGAGAGCAGUGUGACAGAGGUAUGGCAAGACGUUGUAUGACACAUACUGUAUCCUUCAUCCAACUUCGCAUCAUAUUUGUGCUGUUGCCAUCUGUAGCCUAUCAAUGCAUCAUCAAUCUUCGAUUCGGG